AUGGAAGAGAGGGGAAGCAUCGGAAGGGACCGAGGGCAGCAGCAGGACGGGAAUGGGAGGGCCGUGGCCAUCGCCGACGGCGACGUGAUAGAGAUGGAGGCAGCGGCAGCGUCGACGGUCGCUUCUUCUGGGCAACAAGGCGAUGAUGCGGCCGGCGGCGUCCACGUCCAGGGGCCUAGGUGGAAGAGAUUUCUAGCAUACGUUGGACCAGGAUUUCUCAUCUCCAUGGCUUACCUGGAUCCUAGCAACUUGCAAACUGAUUUGCAGGCUGGAUACAGUCACAGAUAUGAGUUAUUAUGGGUACUCUUAUUAGGGUUCAUCUUUGUGUUGAUUAUACAGUCGUUGGCAGCGAAGCUUGGCAUCGUUACAGGAAGGCACCUCGCGGAGCUGUGUAUGAGUGAAUACCCCAAGCCUGUCAGGUACGGCCUAUGGUUUUUCGCCGAGCUAGGUGUGAUUGCUGCCACUAUACCAGGAGUUCUUGGAACUGCUUUAGCAUACAACAUGGUGCUUGAUCUUCCUUUCUGGGCUGGUGUACUGAUUUGUGCAGCAACUGUUAUACUGCUUCUCGGAUUACAAAGCUAUGGGGUCCGGAAAUUGGAGUUCAUGAUUGCAGUGUUUAUGCUCAUCAUGGCCUCUUGCUUCUUUAUAGAGCUGAGCCAUGUCAAUCCUCCAAUGAAUGAGUUAAUUGAAGGGUUAUUUAUCCCAAGACUUAAAGGACAUUAUGCUAUCUCAGAUGCAGUCGCACUGAUCAGUGCCCUUGUUGUACCGCACAAUCUCUUCCUACAUUCUUCUCUUGUUUCAUCAAGAAAAUUACCAUCAUCCUCUGAAGCAGUUAAGGAUGCAUCUGUGUUCUUCUUGCUAGAGAAUGCAUUCGCUUUGUUUCUUGCGCUCGUCAUAAAUGUUGCCAUUGUAUCACUCUCUGGAACUAUAUGUGCUGAUAAUCUUUCACUGGAUGAUACGAACACAUGCAGCAGUCUCACUUUAAAGUCAGCAUCCGUACUAUUCAAGAAUAUUUUGGGACGAUCAAGAUCAAUUUUUUAUGGUUUGGCAUUAUUAGCUUCUGGACAAAGCUGUGCAGUGGUUACCACCUACUCUGGGCAAUACAUUAUGCAGGGAUUCUCAGGGAUGAGGGUAUUCAUCAUAUACCUUUUUGCUCCCUGUCUCACCAUGGUGCCUACUUUGAUAAUUUGCGGCAUUGGUGGUGCUUUACGAGUUCGUCAACUUAUCAAUAUAGCAGCGGUCAUAUUGUCGUUUGUGCUGCCAUUUGCUCUCGUUCCUCUCCUCAAAUUCAGUAGCUGUUGCUCAAUGAUAGGACCAUACAAGAACUCAACAUGGAUCACGAGAAUAUCAUGGAUCCUGUCGUUGGUGAUCAUCGGCAUCAAUACUUAUUUCUUUUGUACUAGCUUCGUCAGUUGGCUUGUAUAUAGUGACCUACCAAGAUUUGCUAAAGCAAUAAUUAGCACCCUCGUCUUCCCUUUCAUGGCGGCCUAUAUUGCAGCGGUCAUUUACUUGGCUUUCAGAAAAGUUAGUACUAAUGCCGUACUCCCCUCCAGUUCAGUUUCUUGUGAGAUUGAAGUGGCAGAUGUGCCAAGACAAGACAACAAGGAUGAAGUUUUGGCUCUACAUUGCUAG